GUUUUUAACUUACUCGGAGGGUAACCCCCACCCCCCUGUUUGGCCUCUUAUUAAUCCUAAUAAACGUUUAUCAGACACUGACUCCUUACUUAUCCCACUGGGUGUGUUCUAAUAAACAUGAAAAGAUCAAAACAGUCUAUUUCGCCUAAAUUGUUCAUAGCUUGAAUAUAACUUUUAAUACAAUAAAAGCUUCCACUAUGAUAUUCGAAAUUUGUUGACCAUAAGUAUUGUAUGUCUUAAAAUUUAGUUUUUUUCAGUUUUUUAUGUUUUGUACGUAUGUCCUAUUUUCAGAUAGUUUUAGUUUAAGAAGAAGAAUCCCUGUAUUCCCCUGUAUUGGGGCAGGUAGAGGGGGAGAGAGCGAAGUGUACACUGUAAACCUAGUGAUUAUAUUGUGAUCUACUAUUCCGCUGUCGAACCAACCUAACCAACCUCAACUACUCAGAAGUCUCGGAAACCAUGUAAAUAUUGAGAACGAGUGAGCAGAGAAGGAUGGAGCAAGCUAACGAGGGACCUGGAGAAGUCCGAGAUCCUAUUCUUAAUGCUAGAGAUAGAUUAUUUCACUCUUUAUUCUUCAGAUUAUCCCUUGCAUAUGCCAGAUCAUGUCCGAGACAAGUUAGAAGAUUAGUAGAAUGUUUAAUACUUGUAAAGGCUGUGAUGUGUAUGUGUAUGCUGGUAUACAUCCAUCUGGUGUAUACCAGACAACCAGUCCAGUGUCUGGAGCACCUGGCAGAUGUCUGGCCUAGGGACGGAGUUCUCCGGGUAGAAAUACAGCGGGGAGGUCCGUAUCCAGGGUAUGAUAUUAACACAAGCUAUGAGAAGGAGAGAAGGUUGGCGCUCCGGCAGAGAGAACUGGAUAAUCUUGGAAGCUUGUUCUCCAUUAUAACCGGAGACUUAGUGUUUGCUGAGCUGUUAAAUUCUGAACAUGAAGAAGAGGAACCUGGUGCAGAGGAAUCCCAGGUUGAAGAGGUUCAGCUCGGAGAUACAAACCUCACUGAACCUGGUUACGAGGAGAUUCUUAAAUCUGGUUUAAUCACCAAUAGUUCGGAUCAAGACGAGAAGAUAUCAACUCUAACCUCGACAUUGGAUCACAUGAAGGAUCGGUUGCAUAGUCUCCAGGAGGUUCUCAAGGAGAAGGAUUUAACAGAUGAAAGGUUGGAUUCUAUAUCCGAGUACGGACAAGAUAUAGGAGCCCAGGCAAGUAAACUCAAGACCGUCAUUGUCAACAUGACCGACGAGCUGAGCGGAGAAGAGGAGAAGCCUGUGUUAGAUCAGAAGUCUGACCUGGAGAAACUGUCUCGAGUAGUUUGGCCGGAUGAUGGUUAUAUUGUUGAGUAUAGUCUGGAGAUAGGAUUCCUCCGCUUAUCUCCGGCAACUAGGCAGAAGCUUAAUAUUCCGGUUCAUAUUGAGAUUUUAGAUCCGAAUACAAACACUUGCUUCGGAGACUCGUUUUCCAAGUUUAUCCUGGAAAACCUGCUGGGAUACGAGGAUGUUCUCAUGUCUUCUGUAAAAUCUCUGGCAGAUAAGGAGAAUAAUAAGGGUUUUCUACGAAAUGUAGUUACCGGAGCUCAGUAUCACUUCGUCUCUAAAUGGUCUUCAGUCAGUUCAUAUGUUCCUGCAGCACUCGUCAUGAUUGUUUUUACUAUCUCCAUAUCUAUGUUGCUUCGGUAUUCUCAACACCAAAUAUUUGUUUUUAUCAUCGACCUCCUCCAGAUGCUGGAGCUGAAUACUAAUAUUACAUUCCCUGCCGCCCCCCUUCUUACCGUGAUCCUUGCACUGGUCGGUAUGGAGGCGAUCAUGUCAGAGUUUUUUGAGGAUACCACUACGGCAUUCUACAUAAUCUUGUUGGUUUGGUUGUGUGACCAGUAUGACUCUGUGUGUUGUCACACUCCGAUAACUAAACGAUAUUGGCUCCGGUUCUUCUACUUGUACCACACUGCCUUCUAUGCCUACCAUUACCGGUUCUCCGGUCAGUACUCAGGGUUGGCACUUCUUACAAUGUGGCUCUUUACUCAGCACUCGAUGUUGUAUUUCUUCCACCAUUACGAGUUGCCCGUUAUACUCCAGCAGGCCCAGAUCAGGGAUAUUCUUAUCAGAAACAACGGGCAGAUGCCCAUCAAUGUAACAUUAAAUAAUAACAAUAACAACAAUGUUAACACAAACAACAACAAUGUGAUGAACAACAACAUGAACGGUGUCCGGCGUCUGCUCAGACCUCGAAUGCGUGGGUUUACUCUGGGUGGAUUCAGGUUUAGGUUCGGGAUUGUUUUUCAUGCUUUACAGCAUCCAGUCCAGGCUCCAGCUCCUGCUGCUGCACCUACUACACCUCCGGCUCCGAGAGAAAACUCUCCGGAAAAUAAUCCUGAUCCUGAACCUGGAACUGAACCUGAUCCAGCAGUUGUCAGAAGAUAUGUUGCCGAAGUUUCUGCAAGCGCAAUGUCAGUUGAACAGCUCGCUAGGGAGGGACGGUUAGAUCUAGAGCAGAGUAGAGAACAGGCUGCACAGGAGGCGGAGCAAUGGUCCAGGGAAGAGGCUGAGUCUGUAGAGGAGGAGGAUGAAGUAGAACAGGAACCUAGCCAUGAUAAUAAUGAGAUUACUCAACCUGGAUCCAGUCCCGGAGAAACUGAUCCAGACCAGAAGGAGAAGGGUUCAAUUGAAACUAAUCAUUCCACAGAGACAAAUAUUACAUCCAGCUCAGAUACCACCGAGUCUGGGAGAGAAGCUCUAAACCCGGCUGAUCUGCAGGAGAUUAGAUCCAACCUACAGGAUGCUGCUCGGGAAGCUUCAGAUCUCCUUCGAGAUGUUCAAUAUUAAUUCUAGUCCGGGAUGUGAUGACGUGCAAUAAUAUUUUGUUCACAUCUAUCCGACAAAUUUAGAUUAUUAUUCUUGUGAUCUUACGUUGAUUAAACUUACAAUAAAUUCAGCCUGUUACUCUAGAAUCAAAUAAUAUAUAUAAAUUCUAAUAUCUCAAAUAUUUUAUAUUUGUAUGCAAUGUGCACGAACUACAAUAUUAAUGUGUUGACAAUGAAGACCUUGAACUGUUGGGAUUAAUUGAGCAUAUUUGUAUCAGUUCAACACAGCAUCAUAUGUUUAUCAAAUCAAAUGUAUUAUUAAACAUCUUACGAGGCUGGAUCUAUUUGAAAAACUUUUUCCUGAGGCAGAAUAUUUACAUAAACCAAGUUGCAAAAUUUUUAUCCCCCCUCCCGACAAAUUGAGAUUAGCGUUAAACAUAAUCAUGAUUGUGUAAACAUGCUCUGUAAUGUUUUCUUUCUGUAAACCCGGGGGAAAUGUAGCCACCCUACUUAUACUAUAUCAAGUCUGGGCUGGGAUUGGUGUAUCGGACUAGACCUCUACCUGCCAAACAAGAAUUCAGCCAAUAGGAGCGUGGGAAACACUUUCUCAGCAUAGCUGGUGUUUAGUCAUAAGUCAACCCUAGCCCAAUUUUGUCCCCGAAAUUUUAAAUACUAACCCAUUUUUUGUAUUUAUAUAGUUAUGACCGUGAAUUUAG